AAGAGGACUUAAACAGACAAAACUCAAAAAUGAACACUCAUCCAAACACUGCUUCCAAUUCCAUGAAGAAAUCGUUAUCAAGAGGCUCCGAGUCAUCGACUCAGUUCGAAUCGCCGCACCAUUUUUCCUCUCCGACUCUAUGGGUACCCGAAUCGACCGAGUCGCCAGAGUAUCGGUCACCUCAGAACUCACCGGGAGUGUGGGUCGACAAUUCGUUGGCGGUGGUGCCAGUCAAAAAGUCCGCUCCCGGUCCCGGGAAAGCUUCGGAGCGCCAGAAGCCGCCGGAGAACGCGGCAUCGGCGGCGGUGACUGUGUUCAACCCGACGACGACGAGGGAGGAGCCCCAGCGGCCGGCGACGAAGGUGGGAGAGCGGAGAUCGAGAUCGGCUCCGGCGGGGUGGAAGGCGGAGGAAGUGGUGAGGAAGGUGGCGCUAGGGUUUCGGCUGAGCGAGGUGGCGGUGUGUCUGAUUUCGUUUUCGGUUAUGGCUGCGGAUCGGACUCAAGGUUGGAGUGGCGAUUCCUAUGAUCGUUACAAAGAGUACAGGUAUUGUUUAUGUAUGAAUGUGAUAGGAUUUGCACACUCAGGAUUACAAGCAUGUGAUCUGGCAUGUCAGCUAGUCACAGGGAAACACAUAAUCAGCCACCACCUUCGGUACCACUUUGAUUUCUUCAUGGAUCAGGUUCUGGCAUAUCUUUUGAUAUCAGCAUCAUCCUCUGCAGCCACACGGGUCGACGAUUGGCAAUCAAAUUGGGGGAAAGACGAGUUCACAGAGAUGGCCACUGUUUCAGUUGGGAUGUCCUUCCUUGCUUUUGCUGCCUUUGCCAUGAGCUCACUCAUCUCUGGUUACAUUCUCUGUACCCGCAGCUCCAUGUGAAUAUAUUUCGCCGUUUCAUAUUAUAUACUAGUUGUCUAUUUGUACGAGUUUUCUUUUGUUCUGCUGUGAUGGAAUGAACUCAAGAAAUUGUUGAUCCCUGUGAUUAUACAUUGUAAUGAGAGACUAAUGUAUAUAUACAGUUCAGUAUAAUGUUUGUCUUAGGACUUA